ACCCACCACUUAUCUCUGGUCUGACUCUGCGCGCCCUUGCCCCCCUUCCAGUGGCAUCCUGUGGCUCCCCCAAUCUCUCAAUCUACCCUCCCUCUCCGAAUCUCCUGGCUGGACAUGUGUUGUCUGGGAACACCGCGCCUGUUCCGCCCUUCCUCCGAGUUCGCCCAUACACUUCGGGGUUACUCGUAACGGCGUGCGGUUCCAAGGUACAUGACCGAAGUGGGAGGUGCAGUACUUGGCCCGCUCUUCCUCGGUGACGCCUUAAUCAGUGACAGUGACAGACCCAGUCCGUCAUCCUCUCUCUCUCUGUUUGGUCCGGCCCCCAAGAGAACCCACCCCUCCCUACCCCCCCAAGGGCCCUUAUCCUCUUAUCACCCAUCCCGCAUUCUUCCUUCCUUCUUGUCGUUUGUUGGUCCCAGUAGUUUGCUGCCACAUAUAUCCGCCGCGUAGCCUACAUCUGACCGAUCUUUGACCUCUCUCCUAUUUUGAACCUUUUGACCAGCCUCGAACGUGAACUCGUUCCCAGAUUCCAUCGAUACCGAGACGUUGUCAAACAACGAACGGACGACACGCUACGGAUACGGCGCAGCUAUCGAGACGUCACUGCGAUAUCGUGACUGCGACUGGGGGGCCUUAUCGUAGUUGCUUCCCCUUAUCGAACGAACACAUCCAUACCUACCUUUUACCUCCGGCCUCUGGUUGUGUCCUUCCUUCGGCCAACUUGACGAGUUGGCAAUAAAGCGUACAACAUGGCUUUCCAUCAACCUACCCGGCGGCCGUCCCAGCUACGUGCCGCUCGUCCUUUGCACGACGAGGAGCGAGACGUUCCCCAGCUCCAUAUUCAAGACCCAGCUGCCACCGACACUUCCCACUCGUGGGUGCUAUUCGAGCCCGCCGAUGACGCGACAACAACCUCUUAUCUCAGCGAAGAGGAGGAGUCGCUCCCCACACCGGGCCGGUCAAGGCUUAGUGAUAUAGGCAGCCUCAAUACUUUCCUACACUCGGCCCGCGACACCGAGUCGCGGCGGUCGGGCGCCCUUUCCAGUGCUAUUGACGAAGAGUCGGUCGAAGAUGACGCCGAACUCGACAGUCUUGACAGUCACCUGCCCGAGUUUCGGACAGUCCCAAGCCUCUAUACACAGUCUGCGGGUGCUGCCGCGGCCCAAAGCGUCCCUGUGCUUCCUGCCCAUGAUGGCUUGGGCUCUUUCAGGUUAGAUAGCCCCGAGGUGCAGGAGCAGAUUUACGCCUUUGAGAGAUUCAACCCUAAGCGAGUGCGAAGGCGUCGUGAGAGUCUCGAGCUGGCCCAUCUUGAGAUGGAAGUCGAGCAAGAGCAAGAGACACACAAGAUGCAGAGGAUCGAGGCCUGGCGUCUGGAGCAGAGUCGCAUCCUUCUGGAAGAGAUCAGCAGGGAGACCAGACGCCGCCGCCUGUCGAUGGCCUCUGUCAGGCCAACUGUGACGGCCGAGGAGAAGGUGGCCGAGGAUGUUGCAAGCUUAAGUGCGAUCGGGAACGAAGACGAUGCCGACAGCAUGGACUGGCACUAUGAGUCGACUGACACCAAGGAUGACGAGCGAGGGCUACUCGUCAAAAUUACCCGCAAGGUCCUCAACGACCUGGGCAUCGACGAGAGGUUACUCUCGUUUCUGCUCGGAGAGCGACUUUUGUCAGAUGAUGACCUGUCAACGACACCCACGGCGGGCGUAGAUUUGCCUAGCACGCCCAGUCAGGAGACCAAUGACUCAUCUUGGCAGCUGCGGGCGUUGGAUCGCAUCGCAAAAGAGCUCGGCCUGAUGGUCAACCAGCUGUCGCAUCACCAUCCUGGGGCCUUCUCGACAUACACUGGCAUGCAACAGAUGCCCAUUCCAUAUGCCGGCUUGCCGGUCAUUCCAGAAUCGGGCGCUAACACGCCAAUUGCUCCCCGGGCACAGGAAGUGUCCACAAAGAUGCCCGAGUUCCAACCAACAAUGGUUCAACACGCGCGCCCCAUCAACAUCCCCUCCCGGGCCCAGUCGGAUCCUCCCGUCCCACUGACUAGGGAUGAGUCAACCCCAUUACCCGUGUCUUUCACACAAGAGGAGUGGGAGCAAGACCUGGACGUCAACCUCGUCUUCAGAUACCUGCGAUCCCGCUUCAGUUCGCGGUCGGCACCAUCCUCUGCCUUUACAACCGGUACUUCCCACCUUGCCACCUCAAGCACGCCAGACACAGCAGCUAAGGCCGCGCGGGUGCGCCAGCAUCACCCGCUCGUCUCCCGAGCCCGACCAGUGGAGCGCAGGACGUUCAAGGCGACAGCACCGUCUAGCCCCGCUGCUAUGCGGCACGCGUCCAGCUGUGCUAGCCAGAGCACACGGAGGUCGGCGAGACGCAGCAGCGUUUCGUCUCGUCACUACUGGGAUAUUGGGGGUUCCCUUGGUACGGGGUCAGUCAUCGCUUCGGUUGGCCCCAUGGGAAGCUGGGGCGAGGUCUGAACACACCAGAUAUUCCACGGCAGGGUUGGGAGUUAUUCGCUACUUUAUUCACAACACAUGUGUAUUAUUACAUGAAUCAGCAGGAGGCGACGGGAAGUCUUACGUUCUCAAUGUGUGUUGUAAGGGGGCUAGCAUUCGCAUAUUAUUACAACCACAAAGGUUUGGUUAGAGUUGGUUAUUAGGCGUUCCUAUAGAAAGUAGGUAAACAAUGUC